AUGAGCAGGGGAAAGCGGGCUGGGAGUGGUGCUCCGCUCUUGGUCACCCUGUGCGGGCUGCUCCCGCUGUGCUAUGGAGGGAGGACUCUGCCGGCCCUCAGCGAUGACAUCCCAUUCCGACUCAACUGGCCGGGACCGGACUUCUCGCUGCCAACCACAGGAAUUCCUUACAAGGAGGACAAUUACAUCAUUAUGACAACUGCUGAUAAAGAGAAAUACAAGUGUAUGCUUCCACUUACUGCCAGCGAAAGUCAGGACGAAGAACGGGAAUAUAAAGGACCAUCACCAUCUGAACUGCUAGAACCUCUCUUUAGACAGACCAGCUGUUCAUAUCGGAUCGAGUCAUACUGGACCUAUGAGGUGUGCCAUGGAAAGCACAUACGGCAAUACCAUGAGGAGAAAGAAGCAGGACAGACGAGUAUUCAAGAGUAUUACCUGGGAAACAUGGUGAAGAAGAGCUCACCUGAAGCAGGGGACCGACGGCCUGAAGGAGAGAAGGCAGAGAGCAGUAAAAUCCCCACCAAAAAUAUUGAAGGACAGAUGACUCCGUACUUUCCGGUGGACAUGGGGGACGGGACACCGUGCAGCUUAAUACAGAACUUGCCACGAAGCAGUACAGUCAUGUAUAUAUGCCACCCUGACGCCAAGCACGAGAUCUUGUCUGUGGCAGAAGUAAUCACAUGUGAAUAUGAAGUUAUAAUUCUGACACCACUACUGUGCAGUCAUCCAAAGUACAGGUUUAAAACCUCCCCUAUAAAUGAUAUUUUUUGCCAGUCAUUGCCGGGGUCACCUCUAAGGCCUCAGAGUCUGGAAAAGCUUGAACAGCAACAAGAAACACUAAAGGCACCAAUUAAACCCAACAAAGAGGAAGAGAAACCAUCUAUGAAGGACAAGUUCUCCACCAUUCACAAGCCGGUCACUGUGGGAUCUCAACAGCAUGUGACUGUGGGAACCACACACAUCUCCAAGCUGACUGAUGAGCAGCUGAUCAAAGAGUUUCUUAGCGGAUCGUACUGCUUUCAUGGGGGUGUUGGCUGGUGGAAGUACGAAUUCUGCUAUGGAAAAUAUGUUCACCAAUACCAUGAGGAUAAAGACAGUGGCAGAACUACACUUGUUGUUGGUCAAUGGAAAGAAGAGCAACAUCUAGACUGGGCAAAGAAGAAUGCUGCAAGACUGUUCCACCCUCCAGGAGACGGGGUCCAGACUGUGAGAAUGGUGUCUCAUUACUAUGGCGAAGGAGAUAUCUGUGACUUCACGAAUAAGCCAAGACACGUCAUAGUAAAACUAAAGUGUAAAGAGUCCGAGUCCCCACAUGCUGUUACUGUAUAUAUGCUCGAGCCACAAACCUGCCAGUAUGUUCUCGGGGUGGAAUCUCCGGUGAUAUGCAAGAUUCUGGAUACUGCUGAUGAAAACGGCCACCUUUCAGUUCCUAACUGA